CGGAUGCGGAGCUUGUAGAACCGACACCACCAUCACUGGUCCUGGGUGGAGAUCGUUAUGCUGAGUGUGCGUGAGGAAACAGCUGUAGCCUGAAGAAGCCGCCUCACAGGCCACAGCUACACUGUUACCUACGUACUUAGAUGUGAUGUAGGAGCUGACAGACACUGACUGCACACACGGUGAGAGAGAGAGAAAAGGGGAGAGAGAGAGAGAGAGAGAGGGAGAGCGCUGACGGACUGUGCGUAAUCCUGUGACUGGACAGCAGUGCUUCUCUCACUGUCUUCCAGCACAGACGGGCCACUGACAGCAGAAACGCACUUCCUCUGCAGUGCAGCUCGUCACCACAGAGUCCGAUGCGUUCCGCCGGACCCAACCAGGUCAGUUUCAUGCCGUCCAUGCCGACAGGAGCCUGAGCUGAAGGAUGCAGGUUAAAAACCAGAUCUGCACAGAGCGGAGCAGCAGCACCGACGACCCGGAGCAGGAGGACAACCAGAAAAAGACCUCAUGUUUCUCCAACAUCAAGAUCUUCCUGGUGUCGGAAUGUGCGCUCAUGCUGGCACAGGGAACAGUGGGCGCUUAUUUGGUAAGUGUCCUCACCACUCUGGAAAGACGCUUCAACCUACAGAGUGCCGAUGUGGGCGUCAUUGCUAGCAGCUUUGAAAUAGGCAACCUGGCCCUCAUCCUGUUUGUUAGCUACUUUGGCGCCAAGGCCCACAGGCCCCGUCUGAUUGGCUGCGGUGGGAUCGUCAUGGCACUGGGGGCAUUGCUUUCAGCACUGCCGGAGUUUCUCACCCACCAGUAUGAGUACGAGGCCGGCGACUCUUGGCACGCUGAGGACGGCAGGGACAUCUGCUCUAACAUCUCCAGGUCAGAAAACCGAGACUCUGGGUUUAAAUGUGGCAACAGAGCCAACACCAACAUGAUGUACCUCCUGCUGAUCGGAGCCCAGGUGCUGCUGGGUAUCGGAGCCACACCUGUCCAGCCACUGGGAGUUUCCUAUAUCGAUGACCACGUCCACAGGAAGGACUCCUCAUUGUACAUAGGUAUUUUAUUUUCAACAUUAGUGUUUGGCCCGGCUUGUGGCUUCAUCUUAGGUUCCGUCUGUACCAAAGUCUAUGUUGAUGCUGUCUUCAUUGACACAAGUAAGCUGGACAUCACCCCAGAUGACCCUCGCUGGAUCGGGGCAUGGUGGGGCGGCUUCCUCCUCUGUGGUGCCUUACUCUUCGUGUCAGCUCUCUUCAUGUUCGGCUUUCCCCAGGCACUGGACGAGCAGAGCAUGGAUGGUGUCGGGGAGAGUGAGCAGGCCAUGCUGCCUCCUUCUCUGUCCAUGGACUACCAGGGCUCUAAAUCUAAAGGGACCUUUCAUGGCUUUGAUAUGAACAGUGGACUCUCGGUCUGUGAGCACCUGAGAGUCAUCCCCCGGGUUACCAGGCACUUACUGUCGAAUCCGGUGUUCACUUGCAUCACACUGGCAGCGUGCAUGGAGAUCGCCGUGGUCGCUGGCUUUGCCGCCUUCCUCGGCAAAUACCUGGAGCAGCAGUUCAACCUCACCACCUCGUCAGCCAAUCAGCUGCUAGGUAUGACAGCUAUCCCCUGUGCCUGUCUGGGUAUCUUCCUCGGGGGGCUGCUAGUGAAGAAGCUGAACCUGUCGGCUCUGGGCGCUGUUCGUAUGGCCAUGCUGGUCAACCUGGUGUCAACUGCCUGCUAUGUCUCUUUCCUCUUCUUGGGGUGCAACACUGGACCUGUGGCGGGGGUGACCGUCACCUAUGGCAACGAGACAUUGCAGUCAUGGCAGCGACCGGAGUCAGCAUGCAUCAGUAAUUGUAACUGCUACACAGCAUCAGUGAGUCCUGUCUGUGGGUCCAAUGGCGUCACCUACCUUUCAGCCUGCUUUGCUGGCUGCACCAAACCAAACCUGACCAGCUGUACGUGUAUAUCCAGCAACAACGAGGAGGCGGUGGCUUUACCGGGGAAGUGUCCCAGUCCAGGCUGUCAGCAGGCCUUCCUCACCUUCCUGUGUGUGAUCUGUGUGUGCAGCAUGAUCGGCGCUAUGGCACAGACACCAUCUGUCAUCAUCCUCAUCAGAACUGUAAGUCCAGAGCUUAAAUCAUAUGCUCUUGGAGUGCUGUUCCUGCUCCUGAGACUUAUAGGUUUCAUCCCUCCCCCUCUGAUCUUCGGCAUGGGCAUUGACUCCACCUGUCUGUUCUGGAGCUCUGUGUGCGGCGAGAAGGGAGCGUGCAUGCUGUACGAUAACGUGGCCUACAGGCACCUGUACGUCAGCAUCGCCAUCGUCCUCAAGUCGUCGGCCUUCAUCCUGUACACCACCACGUGGCAGUGUUUGAGAAAGAACUACAAGAAAUACAUCAAGAACAGUGAGGGCUACCUCACUCCCACCGAACUCUUUGCCUCUAACGUGACUCUGGACAAUUUAGGCAAGGAAAUCACGCAGAACCCUGCCAACAGGACAAAGUUCAUAUACAACCUGGAGGACCAAGAGCUGAGUAACAACAUGGAGUCAGUUUUAUAGUGGCGCUCUCUCCAGGGACUGCAGACUAGAACUAUUAAUGCUACUGACCUAAUACGUUUCUCUGUUGUACUGGUUUAGAAGAAAGUCCUGGGUAAGGGUUUUAUUCUCCUUUCAGACUUAACUAUAAUUUCCCAUUCACAUUGCACUCAAUUUUAUCCUCUAUAAUUUUUACUUAAAUAUAAUUUAUCCAGUCUUUUUGGAUGUGCUGCUUUUUUUUCCUCCCUUGUUGACAAGAAAGAGAAAAGAGAGGAGAAAUUAGACUCAAAACACCAACAGAGAUUUUAAACGGGGGAUGUUGAUUUGCAUCCAGGACAAUUCUUCUACCAGGACAUCCGGAGUGCUUUUCUUUACAGAAAGAUUUAGUCACAUUAGGUUGAGAUGUAGCGCAGAAUCAGGGCUGUGUGAGCGGCAGUAAACGGCCUGUUCAUCAGUGGAUCAGUGGACAGUUUUGUUUUCCUUUAGAGGGGAAUAUUUUCUCAGGUCUUCAUGUUAAAUAGAAAGAAUGAGAGUUGAUGUAAUGUGUCCAUCGUCAGAUGCAUUUUUAACUUGUUUUCAGAGCACUUUUCAGAUGCGAAGAACACACAGUUGUCGCGCAACUGGAAUCUUUCCAUUCAGGGAGUGUCAUCUAGGUAACCAGGCAGCCUCGCCACACAUUUACACACUGGUGCCAAUAACUCACUUACUCUCACUCUAUUUUUAUUAUACUUAACCUAAUUAGGGAUAUAUAUCUAUAUAUAU